AUGAUUUUUGGAGAUUUCAAUGCCACUCUCUUCGAUCAUGAACUUCGUGGGCCAGACAGAUUAUGUAUGGGAGCAGCAAUGGAAUUUUGUGCGAUGGUCGAUUCCACCUCCAUGAUCCAAGUGUCUUUUUCGGGAAGAAAAUUCACUUGGAGUAACAACAGGAAGAGAUGUAACAUUCCUACUGUGUUGGAUAAGGCCUUCGUUAAUGCUGAUUGGCUGAGUACCUUUACUAAUUGCAGCCAGCAAGUCCUCCUCAAAGCUUCAUCUGAUCAUUCUCCAAUUUUGGUAAAAUCCUCCAAAGACGAUCUUGAGGAAAUACAACGCCGAGUAGAAGAAGAAGGUAUGUCUGAUCAUCUUUUUGAUUUAGUGGAUGAAGCAAAAAAUCGAUACUCGAAGGCCUUGGAAAUCCACGAGAAAAUAUGGGCAGAGAAGUCUAGAGUGAGAUGGCUAAAGGAAGGGGACAGAAACUCCAGGUUCUUUUCUAAAGGAUCAAAAAAUGCGAUUAGAUCCAUUCUAAAGGAGGAUGGGAAUGUGGUUACAGAUCAAGAUCAGAUGGGGUCUUAUUUAGUGGAUUUUUAUAAAAAAUUUCACAGGCGUGUGGCUGUGGACAAUCAUUUUGAAAUUCUUGAUGUCAUUCCUCUAGUUAUAAAUCAAGACGAUCGAAUGGUGCAUGACGAGAUUCCCAUGGACGAUGAGAUCAAGUGGCUGUUUGGAAUUUAG